UUGACCCCUCCUCCUUCUGAGUUUCCAUAAAAUCGAGCUCAAGAAAUUUAGGGUUAGGGUUUCAAAUCGCUCGCUCGCUCGUUGGUGUUGCUCGUUACGAGCUAGGGUUUGGAAUCGAAACCCUUGGAUCUCAGUAACGACAACGAUCAGCAGCAGGAGCAAGAAGCGGUCAUCGGGCAUGGAUCUGUCGCAUUCGAGCGGCGGCGACCAUGGCGACAACUUCGAAUUCGCGUUCAACUCCAGUAAUUUCUCGGAUCGCGUGCUGAGGAUCGAGAUCGUGGAGGGAGCGGCCGAGAGCCAAGGUGCGCGAUGUGAAGAUCAGUAGUUCGCCGAUGGGCUCGGCAUGCGGAAGAGGAGGAGAGAGGACAUCAAGAAGGAGCAAGCUUCUGAAUUUGAUGUCUACAACUCGGACAACAUAGUGAACUGUGACCAACCUGAUGCUGAUGACGCUGUGGCAUAUGAAAGCCAUGAUGGGGAAGCUGUUGCAAUGAUUGAAUCUCCAACAGGUGAUGAGCCUUUACAAAGUGAUUCUUGUUGGGGUAUGGAUUGCUCUCCGUUGAGAGUAAAGUCAAUAUACAUCAGUUCAGCAAUAUUAGCUGCAAAAAGCCCCUUUUUCUAUAAGCUUUUCUCGAAUGGCAUGCGAGAAUCUGACCAACGGCAUGCCACCUUAAGAAUCUGCGCUUCAGAGGAAGCUGCUCUCAUGGAACUUUUGAGUUUUAUGUACAGCGGAAAGUUGUCAACAAACUCGCCUCUCCUCUUGCUGGAUGUGCUGAUGGCUGCUGACAAAUUUGAGGUUGCUUCUUGUAUGAGACACUGCAGUCAGUUACUAAGGAGUCUAUCUAUGACUACAGAAUCUGCACUUCUCUACUUGGAGCUCCCUUCCAGUGUCUCAAUGGCCUCAGCUGUACAGCCGUUGACUGAUGCAGCUAGAGAAUUCCUCGCCAACAAAUACCGAGACUUGUCUAAAUUCCAAGAUGAAGUAAUGAAUCUCCCUUUCGUUGGCAUUGAAGCAAUCCUAAGCAGCGACAACCUCCAGGUAGCAUCAGAAGAUGCAGUAUACGACUUUGCACUCAAGUGGGCCCGCACCCAUUACCCUAAGUCUGAGGAGCGAAAAGAAAUCCUCGGGUCCCGCCUUGGCCGACUCAUUCGAUUCCCCCACAUGACCUGCCGAAAACUGAAGAAAGUCCUAACAUGCACCGACCUAGACGAGGAAAUCUCCUCCAAAGCAGUCCUCGAAGCGUUAUUCUUCAAAGCGGAAACACCUCAUCGUCAAAGAGCCCUUACCCUAGAAGACUCAAUAUCUACCCGUAGAUACAUAGAACGAGCCUAUAAAACCGAAUACCGGCCAGUAAAAGUCAUAGAAUUCGAGCAGCCUCAUCCUCAGUGCAUCGUGUAUCUCGAUUUAAAGCGAGAAGAGUUUUCGAAUCUUUUCCCCGGUGGCCGAAUUUACUCCCAAGCAUUUCAUUUAGGCGGUCAAGGCUUUUUCCUCUCGGCCCAUUGUAAUUUGGACCAGCAAAGCUCAUUUCACUGUUUGGGGCUUUUUCUGGGGAUGCAAGAAAAGGGUUCGGUGUUAUUCACGGUUGACUAUGAGUUUGCUGCGAGGACUAAACCAACCGGGGAUUUUGUGAGCAAGUACAAGGGGUGCUAUACUUUUACAGGAGGGAAGGCCGUAGGGUAUAGGAAUUUGUUUGCGAUUCCCUGGACUUCGUUCAUCGCUGAAGAUAGUCCUUACUUCAUCGAUGGCGUUUUGCAUUUGAGAGCUGAGUUGAUUCUUAAGCAGCAGCCGCAGCAACAGCAGCAGCAACAGCAGCGGGUAUAGACGGUCAACUCUUUCGUGACUGCAUGUGUUUUCGGUGAAGAUGUGCCUUAUUUUGAGGGGUUGGUUAGCUCCUCAGCUUGUUGUAAAAAUGUAAAAUGUGCCGGGUUUUUUUUAUAAUAAUAAAGGCGACGUUAAUUAAUGGAUGCACUAUGAUGACGUAACGUGAUCAAUCUACUCUUUAUCUGGAUUGAUUGGUUUCA